CCUUCAGAUCCAGACCAAACAGGGCUACAGUAUGCGUCUGCUUUUCAUUUAGUCCCCACUCCAUCUCCUGACUCCCCCUUCUUCCUCUUUUGCCUUCAGAGAGAAGUGGGUGGGAGGAAUCGAGUGAGACGGCAGAAUUCCAAGACUUUGGAAAUUUGUCCCAUCCCAGCCUUGAACUCGGCGCCACUGCUCCUCUGGGUCGAGACCGGGAGGGUGACUGCCUGCCUGCCUGCCUGCCUGCCCGUCCCGAAACCCACCCCCUCCUUUCGGACCUUAUCAAGAGGAUAAUGAGCACAACUCUGCUUGCUGUCAUUGACGACUGAUACGAUUCUUUUCUUUUCUUUUCUUCCACUUGAGCAGCAAGUAGAGUGUGGAGCGGCUGCCGCAUCCGUUCAGGAUGACAAGGCACCGGUUGAUACCACUCUGCGCCCUCGUGGGGGUCCUGCUUGCAGGAUUUCUUCCAAAACUCGAUGCGCAGGAUGCGCAAGAUUCCGCAGACCUUGUUCUCUUAAUUGAUGGAUCGCAGAACGUUGGAGCAGCAAACUUUCCAUAUGUUCGUGAUUUGGCAUUGAGAAUCGUUGAGCGCCUCAAUCUGGGCAGGGAGGCUGUUCGGGUGGCCUUAGCCCUGUACCACGACAACCCAGAGAUUAAAUUUUAUCUCAGUAGCUAUGGGAGCAAAGCAUCCGUCCUGGAGGCUGUGAAGGAACUUACAUACUCAGGGGGUCCCCAAGCGAACCUGGGCCUGGCCUUGGAGGAAGUAGCCCAAAGCCUUUUGAGCCAAUCGGCAGGGGGCAGGGCAGAGGAGGGCGUACCCCAGAUGGUGGUUGUGAUCAGCGCUGGGCCAUCCACUGAUGAUACCGGUGCUGGUGACCGGGCCCUUAGGAGGGCCGGAGUUAUCACGUUUGGCGUGGUCAUCGGUGAGACCGCCACUCCAGAUCUGGAAACAAUCGCUACCGAUAGGUCGUUUGUCCUGUCGGCCCCUGAUUUCACAGCAGUGGGGAACGCGGGUGACCAGCUGUCGCCGUUGGUUCAGGGUGUGGUCCAGCGCACCAUUAUAGUACAGAAUGAGUUCACAGAAGUCUUGGACAUUGGAAAAAGAGACAUCAUUUUCCUCCUUGACAGCACAAUGGGCGCCACCGUUAUCAACUCCGUGCGCGAGUUCAUCCGGAGGUUCGUUGAGACCAUGCCCAUCGGCCCGGACAGCGUGCAAGUGGGUUUGGCUCAGUUCAGCAACGUCCCCCGACUGGAGAUAGACCUCAAUUCCUAUGGAACCAGGGAUGAACUCAUGGCCGCUUUGGGUCGAAUCAAACCGAGACAAGGCCAGGCAGUCAACAUCGGAGCAGCGUUGGACUUUGUGAGGACAGACAUGCUGCGGCCCGACAAGGGCAGUCGCCUUCAACAAGGCGUCCCGCAGCUUUUACUCUUAAUGACAACUAAAAAGUCCACAGACGACGUGACCGGGCCGGCCAGGGCUCUGCAGCAAAUGGGUGUUCUCACCUUGGCCGCGGGUUCCAAGGCGGCCGAUGAGCAAGAGCUGAAUCAGAUUGCCUUUGACGAAAGCGUCGUGUUCACGAUGAGGGACUUCCGUAUGCUACUUCGCAGCCCAAAGUUGAUCAUCAACGCACUUUCCACUCUCGCUGGCAUCGUGGUGACUGAAGUGCCCACUGAGCCAGUGGUGGAGAUAACAACGGUGCAGACCCAAAGAGUGGUCAGAGACAUUGUUUUCCUCGUGGAUGGCUCCAACUACAUUGGCAGCAAUAACUUUCCAUAUGUGCGAGACUUCAUGAUUAACGUGGUCAAUCAACUGGAAGUGAACCCAGAGAGAGUCCAAAUUGGCCUCAUGCAGUUUGCCGAGCAGCCCAAAAUUGAGUUUUAUCUCAACACCGCACGCGACAGGCAAGAUGUUGUGGACCGAAUCUCGCAACUGAGAUUGAUGGGAGGCUCCUUUUUGAACACGGGUGCCGCCAUGGAAUAUGCUCUCCGCAACAUGUUCAGCGUGGCAGCGGGCUCUCGCCAGAGGCAAGGAGUCCAGCAGGUGCUGGUUCUCAUCACAGGAGGUCCGGCCCAGGAUGAAAUGAAGAGUGUUGCUGAUAAGCUGGCUCUUGGAGGUGUUCUGACCUUUGCGGUCAGUUCCGGGCAAGCAGACCAGACCGUGCUGCAAUCAGUGGCCUUUGUACCAGACUUGGCUUACCAUGAGCCAAGUUUCUCUUAUUUGCCAGCCGUGGCUGAACAAAUCAUGCCAAAGUUAAUCACGGUGGUUGGUGAUACGAAUCUGGAAACAGCCACUGAAGAACCUGCGGUUAUCGGAUUUGAAAGGGAUGUCGCCUUCCUUAUUGAUGGUACCGACUCCGUUCGGCCAGACUUUACAUACGUCCGGGAUUUUAUCCUCAAAGUCAUUGAACCACUUGACAUCGGGACUGACAAAGUGCGAGUUGCGGUGGUUCAGCACAGCGAGAGGCCAACACCUAAUUUCUACCUGAACACCUAUCAGACCAAAGACGAGGUUGUGAGAGCCGUCAGUCAAAUGACACUGGCCGGAGGACGCAGUCUCAACACGGGCUCAGCUCUGAAGUUCAUGCGGGACACUAUCUUGUCCGAGAGAUAUGGCAGCCGCAGGGCACGAAGUGUUCCGCAGUUUUUGAUCGUUCUGACCGGAAGUAGAUCCAGGGACAAUGUGAAAGAGCCUGCCGGUGCGCUGAAGACUGAGGGCGUUGUGCCGUUUGGCGUCGGAGUCAAGGAUGCGGACCGAAGGCAGAUCGAGGAGAUUUCGCACAACCCUUCCUUUGCCUUCAAGGUGAAGGAAUUUAGUGAGCUUGACACCGUGCCUCAACAACUCAAUACCUAUGUGAGCCUUCCGCCAACCCAGCUAGAGAUCAUCCUCCGGGAAGAAUCCAGGAAACAUGAUGUGGUGUUUCUGAUUGAUGGAUCAUAUGACUCACGAAACAAUUUUGAAGCCAUACGCAAAUUUAUUGAACAAAUGGCGGAAACCUUGAGCCUUGAUGACAGAGACCAGAUGGCUGUCGUUCAGUACAGCCGCAAUUCCACCGUCAAUUUCUACUUGAAUUCUUAUUCAUCGAAGACGGAUGUGCUCAAUUCCAUCCGAACCAUGGGGCAUAAGUAUGGCAGACCCCUCUACCUUGGCAAAGCACUGGAGUUUGUCAGAGACAACGUAUUUGCAGCUUCGGUUGGAGGCCGACGUGCAUCUCUGGUUCCUCAGUAUCUGUUUGUUUUUAGUGGUGGCAGAUCCAAGGAUGACGUAAGAGGACCAGCACAAUCACUCAAAGAAAGUGGAAUAAAGACGUUCUCUAUUGGAACAAACAAUGCAGAUACAUUGGAAAUGCUAAACAUUUCUUUUACGCCAUCAUACUAUUUUUCCGUCACAAGCUUUGCAAAUCUGCCAAGUGUUCAUGAAUCUAUCAGAGCAAUGUUGAGAGAUAUCGAUGAUACGACUGGAUAUCCGCCUACCGUUGGUACUUCCACAGGUACACAAUUAGAACUUGGUGGUCCUGCUGACAUUGUUUUUCUACUUGCUGGAUCUGAUUAUAUGCGAGCAAACGAAGGAUCGGUUUUGGACUUUGUGAGACAGUUUGUUCAAGAAGUAGAAAUUGGACCAAGCAAUGUACAAGUUGCUGUCAUUCAGUACGGCACAGAGGCCACAGCAGAGUUUGUCUUGAACUCCUAUGGACAGAAAGAUGAUUUAAUGACUCACCUGAGCAAUGUAAAACUAAGAGGAGGGUCCACUGUGAACACUGGUGCGGCCCUUGACUUUGCUAGAAAUUACGUGUUUACUGCAUCAGCUGGAAGCAGAGCUGAGCAGGGAAUCCCUCAGACAAUGAUUGUCUUAAGUGGGAAAAAGUCUGAUGACAAUGUUGCAGAGCCACUGGAUGGCCUGAGAGAUGCUGGCAUUGUCCUUUAUAGCAUUGGAAUACAUGAUGCAGAUAAACAAGAAAUGGAGGAAAUAUCACACAGUGUUGAAACUGCAUAUUUUAUCAACGAAACAUCUAUCUUGCCAAUGUUGACAAAGCAUUUACUCUCUGCAAUUUUAUCGCGUGAAAGCAUACACAACACUGAUGCUGCUGACACUGACACCAAAAAGGAUAUUGUAUUCCUUCUGGAUGGUUCUGAUGGCACAAAGAAUGGAUUCCCUGCUAUGCGUGACUUUGUUGAGAGGGCAGUAGAGUCAUUCAAAGUGGGAGCAGAGGGAGACCGUGUCUCUGUGGUCCAGUACAGCAGAGAUGCAGAGGCCAAUUUUUAUCUGAAUACCUACACCACAAGAGAGGAUGUUAUCAACGCAGUCAGAGGCCUGAGUCACAGAGGAGGCAGACCCCUCAACACAGGGGCUGCCCUACGAUAUGUCAGGGACAAGAUCUAUACAAAGGCCUCAGGGAGUAGACGUGCGCAAGGUGUUCCACAGAUAUUAAUCUUGCUAAAUAGCAGGCGGUCUUUUGAUGGUGUUGAUGAGCCAGCUUUUGCUCUCAAAAAGGAUGGCAUCUAUACAAUAUGCAUUGGAACUCAGAGCUCUGACAAGAACGAGCUGCAGAAAAUAUCCAAUGACAAAAGCUAUGCAUUAGCAGUACAUGAUUUCGCAAGCCUACACAAUGUCCAAGAACAGCUGUCCUCUGUAAUGAGAAGAGUGCUAAGGGCAACAUCCAUGACAACAACAAUGACUGGUAAGCAAGUUCUUCAUAUAACAUGAAAACGGACUUGCAUUGAAGUGUAUAAACAGGUUUAUGAUUGUAGAUAUUAGAACUUUAGAUCUUAAUAGAGUGUCUCAUUUUUU